AUGUUUGUUCUACUCGCAACUCUAUUCAUUGUCUCAUAUAUUCUUUAUUUUUAUUGGAAGGUUUCACAAUACCCCAAAGGCCCAACACCAUUGCCUUUUAUUGGAAAUUUGCACCAGUUUCCCAAGGCUAAUUUUCAUAUUUUUAUCGAUGAGCUCUCUAGGAAAUAUGGACCCUGCUUUACUAUCUGGAUGCCAAGACCAAUUGUGGUCCUUGCUGACUAUGACCAUAUAAAGGAUGCUUUUAUUACGCAACCUGAUAAGUUCAUUUAUCGCGUUCAAACCCCGCCAGAAACCCUUCUGCAACCAAAAACAAACGUUGGGGUUCUAAUGGCGCACGGCGACGUUUGGAGGGUUCAAAGAAGAACAUCUCUGAAAAUUUUACGAGAUUUCGGCAUGGGCCGUCAAAUAAUGGAAGAGCAAAUCAUGCGAUCUGUUCAUGAGAUGAUCAAACACGUUGACAGCAUUCCCGACAAAUCAGCCGCUGACUUGUUUUGGCCGAUUCAAUUGUGCGUCGGCAAUGUGAUCAACGAAUCUUUAUUCGGAUAUCAUUAUUCUCACAACAACAUCGAAAAGUUUAAACAAUUCGUGACAAUCGUCGACACUCAUUUACGGCUUGUAUCGAGUAAUAAGUCUGUCUUGAUGCUGUCGACCUUCCCCUGGAUGAAACACCUACCCAUAAUGAGUGGAUUUUACAAUAAAAUUAAAAAUAACAUUACGAGUUAUCAAUCUUUCAUCGAAGAAGAAGUGGACAAGGAAGCAAAAAAAUAUGAUCCUGAAAAUGAACCAGAGAAUUUUGUUCAAGCAUAUUUGCAUCUUGCCGAAUACAACAAAGAAGAGCUUGACAUGACCAACUUGUACGCAAAUGUUCUCGAUUUUUGGUUAGCCGGCAUGGAAACCACAUCGAAUUCUUUGAGAUGGCAUAUUUUGUACAUGAUGAAGUUUCCAGAAAUUCAGGACAAGGUCCGGGAAGAAAUUCAUUCAGUUGUCGGAACUUCGGGAUAUCCCUCAAUGACCGAUAAGCCUAACUUACCUUAUACACAAGCGGUUAUCCAUGAAGUUCAAAGACAUUCUAACAUGAUUCCAUUCCUCGGAUCUCAUGUUUGCCAAGAAAAAACUUUUGUGAAAGGGAAACACUUUCCUUCUGGAACAUGGGUGUUCGCUCAGAUUUGGUCGGUAAUGCGCAAUGACCCGAUUUUCGAGAACCCCACCGACUUUCAACCAAACAGAUACUUGUUAGAGGAUGGUAAGACGUUUAACAGGGAAAUUCUUGAAAGGACAAUUCCAUUCAGCGUCGGAAAACGAUCAUGCGUCGGUGAAGGCCUCGCCAGAAUGGAACUCUUCCUGAUAUUUGCUACUUUAAUUCAAAAAUACAAAUUUGAGGCGAUCGAUGAAAUCGAUCUCAACCCAAAUUGCGGCGCAGUCCUGACAUCAAAACCUUAUAAGUGUAAAUUAACCGUUUUGGACCGAUCUUAA